AUGCAAUCUACUUAUUCCAAUCCAGAAUCAAGAUCUUUCGAUUCAUUUCACCGUCGCAAAUGUGAAUUGGUCGAACCAAACACUUUUAAAGAAGAACAUCAUUUCUAUCCUAAAGCUGUACAUGCACAUUUGAGUGAAAUUGUUAAAGAGUUUAUGACAUUAGAUACUCCUCAACUUGUCAAAAGAUUCUGUGAACUUCAUCCAAAUGUACAAGAAACUAAUCUCAUGAACGUUCUCACUUUCAAACCUCAAUUCUUCAAUUGGUCAGGCUCUGACUUGUUUCAUGUCUCCGAUCAUACUGGUUCCAAGAGCAUGGUUCUCAUUGAAACAAAUUCUUGUCCAUCGGGUCAAAAAGCAAUGCCCAAGAUGGAUUCGAUGAGAAUGCAACAUGACAACGUACACAGAGGUUAUCGCACUCUCAUCGAAAACAUGUUCAAACCAAUGCUCGAACAGCACGAACGAAUGCUUGGACCUCAUAUGGUGAAAGAUGGAAAGCUUGCUGUGGUUUAUGAUAAGAACAAGAUGGAAACUUGGGGUUAUGCAGCGAUAAUUGCAGAUGUGUUUAGAGAAUCUGUAUAUUUGGUCGAGUACAAAAACCAAGACGAUGAUCCCUCUGUCAGAUUUGUGGGAAACAAUCAAAUAAUGCAAAUUCGUGAUGUUAACAACCAGUGGAUGAACAUCAGAGCUUGCUUUAGAUAUGUCACUCAAAAGCCAUGGAAUCGAUUGCCAAUUUCAAAGAUUAGAACGCUCAUUAUCAAUCCUGUCGUUUGCUGCUUGGCUGGAGGAAGAAACAAACAACUUGCAGCAAUUGCAUUUUCUAAAUUCAAUAUGGAAAAGAACGUUGGUAUACAAAUUAAUACUCCAAAGACAGUUUACAAUGUUGAAAAACAGAUGAUACCAUAUUGGAUUACAUAUUUUGGAGGAAUUGGUGUGAUCAAGAAUCCUUAUUCAAAUGCUGGACAAGGAGUAUGGGUAAUCACUAACACAAAAGAGUUAAAGCAAUUUAUGGACACUAUUGACAGCAAGUAUGAGAAAUUUGUUGUGCAGUCAAUGAUUGGUUGUAAAGCUUGGAAAAAUACUCACUUUUACCACGUUGGAACUGUACCUGAUAAGGACAACAAUGUCUUUGUGGCAGAUUUGAGAAUGAUGGUUCAUUUUGAUUAUACAAUGAAUGAAUUUCGCCCUCUUGCUCUGUUUGCUCGAAAAGCAAGAAAACCAUUGCAACAUUCAAUGAACAGCGACAACUGUACUAGUUGGGAUAUGUUUGGGACAAAUCUCACAUUGGUUGGUGAAAAAGGUAGUUGGGACACGGAUCAGUCAAGAUUAAUUACUUGUGAUGAAAUUGAUUUUCCAACAUUAGGAUUAACUUUGGACAACUUGAUUGAAGCGUUUGUUCAAUCAGUAUUGGCGAACGUUGCUAUUGACAAGCUUGCCAUUUCUAUUUGCAACUCCACAAAUAGCAAAUUUGACAAGGCGUUGUUUGAAAAAUUAAAUCAAGAUAAGAUCCUUCAGCAAGAAUUAUUCGAUGAAUGA